AUGCACCAGAAUGAAGACAUUCAAAAUUCUGAACACCUUGGACUGGAGCAUCGAAAUUUUGAGAUCGGAAAAUCACCAUCUUAUCUGGCCAUCUCCCACGCCUGGUCGGAUAACAUCUUCCCUAAACAACUACCCCUCCAACCAUCAUUCGGCGGCAAUGCAAUCAAGCAAACAUUGUUAAAAAGGGGUCUCGAUUAUGUCAAAUAUUGCUGGAUCGAUCAUUUCUGCGUCCAACAAGAUUCCGAGGAUGACGUGAAAGAGCAGAUCCCACUUAUGGGCCAGAUCUUCGGCGAUGCCGAAGCCGUCUUGAUUAUUCUCACCAACGGUCUCAAUCUGACACAAGGACAAGUUAAUCAUGGUACAGCUGAGAUGGACGAGGCCCUCGCUAUCUGGCAAAUGGAGUCAUGGACAGAUGACGGAGUGACACAGUACUGGGAAAUGGGAGACGGACGAAUCAAACUCAUGCAGGCGAUGAAAGCACAAAAUCGGCUUGGGGGACGCGCAUAUGGACGUUACAGGAAUACGUCCUCGCCACAAAAGUACUAUGGAUCGGUUCAGACUUGGAGCCAAUAUCGAUCGCCGACGAGCUCUUCGUUGCCAUACCUGGCCUGUGUAGGAGGCUGGGGGUUACUGAAUGCACUACUCGAGGAAUAUCGAUAA